AUGGCUGGCCCUUCUCCGUCACCACACAAGGCCCGUCGCAGGACCACCAAGAAACCUGGCGAUGACGGCAGCAGCAUCGACAAGGCCCCUCGCACGGAAGCCCUCGUAAGGGCGCCUGCUUUCCCUCUUGCGGCGUUUCUAUGGCCCGCGCGCUCUUCUUCGUCGCAAUGGGAGGUUCUCCCUGUGAUUCUCAUGGUUGCUGGCCUUUUCAGAUGGGCGGCUGGCUUGUGGGGAUAUUCUGGUUUCCGCAAACCGCCCAUGUUUGGUGACUACGAAGCGCAGCGGCAUUGGAUGGAGGUAACGACACAACUUCCCAUCUCACAAUGGUAUUUCCACGAUCUUCAAUGGUGGGGUCUCGACUAUCCUCCACUUACUGCCUACCACAGUUGGGUCCUCGGCAAGGUUGGAUCUCUCAUUGAUCCCUCGUGGUUUGCGCUCUUCUCCUCCCGUGGAAACCAGGAUCCCAAUCUCAAGAUCUUCAUGAGAGCGACAGUUAUGGUGUCGGAGUUCUUGAUCUACAUCCCAGCCGCGAUUGUCUUUGUGCGACGAUAUAGCAGACUUCAAGGUGUGACCAACUGGACAGCAUGGCUUGCGCUCGUCGCAAUUUUGAUGCAGCCCGCCACAAUUCUCAUAGACCAUGUUCACUUCCAGUACAACACCGUUAUGCUUGGAUUUGUCAUGGCGAGUAUGUCGAGUAUGCUCGCAGAACGAUACAAGUGGGCUGCCGUCUUCUUCGUUGGCGCUUUGGGAUUCAAGCAGAUGGCUCUGUACUACGCCUUCAGUGUCUUUUCCUACCUUCUGGGCCGGUGUGUUCACCCCCGAAUCAACCUUACCAGGCUAUUUGGCAUUGCUCUUGUCACAGCCGCGUCUUUUGUUGUCCUCAUCCUGCCCUUGAUUAUUGGCACUUUCUACGAUAAGAGUCAAGGUAUUGAUGCUCAGGGAGACUCUAAAGACCCUCCUUCACUCCCUCUGUUUCCUCAACUCGUUGAGAUUCUCGACAUCAAAGCCUUUUACUGGCCCAUUGUGGAACAGAUGGUUCAGAUGGUCCACCGAGUCUUCCCCUUCGCACGUGGCUUGUUCGAGGACAAGGUCGCUAACUUUUGGUGCGCCGCCAACGUCGUUAUCAAACUUCGUCAGUGGCCAACACCUCUUCUCCAGAAGGUAGCUCUUGGUGCCACCCUUGCUUCGAUCAUCCCUCCCAACAUUAUCCUGUUUUUACGACCUCGAAAGUCAAUGUUGCCUUUGGCUUUUGCUGCCACAGCCUGGGGCUUCUUCUUGUUCAGCUACCAGGUGCAUGAGAAGAGUGUCCUGCUCCCACUGAUGCCCAUGACCUUACUCCUGGCUGGCAAGCACGGUCUGAACAAGGACACUCGAGCUUGGGUGGGCUUUGCCAACCUCUUGGGAGUCUGGACCAUGUUCCCCCUGCUGAAGCGAGUCGAUUUGAGGAUUCCGUAUGCAGUGAUGACUUUGCUCUGGUCUUACCUCCUCGGUCUUCCACCAACCUCGCUCAGCGCCUAUUUCCAAGAGGGUCAAGCUGCCUGGGCCCAAUGGGGAACCGCGCUACUACAUAUGAUGUUCUACAUCUUCAUGGGCGCAUGGCACAUCCUUGACGCUUUCGUUCCACCUCCUUCCGAUAAGCCUGACCUUUGGGUCGUGGCCAAUGUUGGUGUUGGUGCCGCUGGUUUCGUGAUCUGCUAUCUGUGGUGUUUCUUCAAGCUUAUUCAAGAGAGUGAUAUACUGCCUGGAAGCUCAGCGGGCAAGUCAGAUAAGAAGAAUAAGGCAUUAUAA